AUGUACAUCCUCCCCUUCCUCGGCUAUGUGGGCCUAGUCCUAGGCUUCGGCUUCCUCACACUGUCCAUUGCGUCGGGCCUCUACUACCUCUCGGAACUGGUCGAAGAGCACUCGGUCUUCAGCGCCAAACUCCUGAAGAGACUCGUCUGGGUCGUCAUUGCAGCGCAGGUUCUCUUGUGGCUCGUCGAUGGCUUCCCCUGGCACCUGACCCUCCUGGGCAUUGUAAGCCACGUCGUCUACGGUACCAACCUGCGCCAUUUCCCAAUCGUCAAAUUGACAGACCCGUUCUUCCUGUCGAGUUGCGGACUUGUCAUCGUCAACCAUUGGUUGUGGUUCAAGCAUUUCAGUGCGCCCGCGGGUGGAUACCGAGGCGUGCCCAGUUCAAGGCGCGAUUGGUAUUCCUCGCCUGUUUAUGAUCAGCCUACAUUUACAGAGAUUGCGUCAUAUUUCGGCCUGUGUGUCUGGCUGGUGCCUUUUGCGUUGUUUGUCAGUCUGAGUGCAGGGGAGAAUGUGCUUCCUAGUAUGGGAUCUGAGUAUGCGACGGGAGAACGGGAAGGCGUCGGCUUCAAGAAGGGUCAUAAGAGGAGGAACACUGGAAUGGCUAAAGCGGCUGUCAAUGGAGCCAAAGACUGGAUGAGCGAGACGGGUGCAGUCAUGGGCUUCUGGAGAGGUGAGAACGUCCGGCCAACGCGCGGGUUCGAUUGA